CUCCAUCAUUAGUUGAUAGAGCUUGAAAUAUGGCGGCCGGUUCCGAGGCUGCGAGCGGCCAGGGAGCUCGCAGCUCCACCGCUGCACUGGAAGCGUCGCUGGACCGCCGCUUUCAGGCGGUGUCUAACACCAUGGAGUCGAUACAAGGACUCUCGAGCUGGUGCAUUGAAAACAAGAAACAUUACGGCCUUGUUGUUCGCUACUGGAUGAAGUGGCUGAAGAAAUCUGACAGCAAUCACCGCUUGAAUCUUUUCUACCUGGCCAAUGACGUGAUUCAAAACUGUAAGAGGAAAAACGCUGCUGUUUUCCGUUCAGCCUUCUCCGACGUCCUGCCCAACGCUGCUCUACUCAUCAAGGAUGGGAAAGUUCGCAAAUCCGUGGAGCGAAUCUUCACCAUUUGGGCGGAGAGGAACGUGUAUCCAGAGGAAGUCAUUGCCCAGUUCAAAACCUGCUUGAACAAAAAGGAAAAAGAUCGAGUGAAGCAAAAGGAAAAGGAAAAAGAGAAGGAGAAAGCAAAGGCAACUCCUCCUGCUAACGCCACUACAGGAACCAAAGCUGCCAUGAAGUCGAAGAUUGUGGCAGAAUUCACUCCUCAGUCACUAAUAGAGCUGUUGCUAAGAUAUAAGCAUGCUGCUGGUGAAGAAGACUUCAGAGAGAAGCAGCUUGAAGCUCUCCGGGUUGACGUCUGCAGCACUGAGGCCCUCAAGCGACUGAAGGAUAAAGCUGGAGGAAAUAAGUUUGCUAAAGAUUUUGAGGAAGGAAGUCUGAAGCUCCAGGAGUUUGUCACCUUCCUGGAAAACGAGCUGAAAACAGGCCCACCUUUGCUGGAAGCUUUGGGAAAUGCAGACAUCUUCUACCAAACGCAGUACAAGGAGGUUAAGAUUGUAGCUAAUGCUUAUAACUCCUUUGCCAACAGAGUGACCAGUCUGAAACGGAAGCUAGAUUCUUUAAAAGCGACACUACCUGGACCCGAGGACUCUCCUGUCCCCUCUCCUUCUGAAGAUGCCCCCUCACCCACGGGGUCUGAGUCUCCCUUUCUGGGAUUGGGCUCCACCAGAGCACAGGUGGAUCCCGAGCUGGAUGGAAAAGCAAUGGAUGAAGGAGAAAUUCCAAAUGAAAACAGAGACGCGGAGGACAUGGACAUGUCCGAUGAAGAAACUGACACAGCUGCGACCGAGGUUGCGGAUGAGAAGCAAGAAAAACCAACAAAUGCGGUUCCCAAGACUUUAAAGCCAGAAGUCCUGUCAAAACUCACAGACACACCCGUAAAAGCUGCAAAGGUCAACGCUUCUACUCCCACAUCAACCCCAGUGACCCCUACAACCACCAAAGCUACCACGGCUCCAACGACUCCUCUGGGAGUCAAUCUGGCUAAAGUGGAUCUGGGGAAAAUCAGCUCCAUCCUCAGCUCGCUCACAUCUGCUAUGAAGAAUACAGAAGCUAGUCCAUUGCCUCGACCAUCUCCUGGGACGCCCACCACUCCCACUGGCCAAUCAGCUGUCCCCAAAGCUGCUACAUCCAAUCCAGCCUUGGCCAGCAUCUUGUCGCGUGUUGACAUCAGCCCAGAGGGGAUACUGAGUGCUUUGUCUAAAUCCAACACACCAGCUUUGUCUUCUCUCUUGCAAAGCGUGACAAACACCUCCUCUGCUCCCCCCUCCCGAACAUCACCAGAUGCAGCGAGCGUCAAAACCCCAGUAACCCCAAACACCCCCAAAAACAAACCCACUCCGGAGAAGAGCUUCAAACGUGACACCCCAGGGAGAAGCAGAAGCUGGGAGAAGGAGAGGGAGCAGUCCCCUCCUCCUCCUCCACCACCACCUCCUCGUCGCUCAGCUCCUGCCGUUUCUCCUCCUAGCUUGGAAUCCAAAAUCAACAGUUUCUUGCAGGGUAAUCCGGGUUUUAGCCUCGCUCUUGGAGACGUAAGUCCCGACGGAGUCGACGGGACCCCAGUGAGAGACGAGGGGGCGGGUACCCCGACCCAGGACGAGAUCAUGGACACGCCGUCGAGUGUACCGGAAUCUUUAGGCUCCUCUGGAGGACACAACCUGUCCCCCACCGCCUAUCGCAGCGACACCUGGGAUGCUGCCGUUAGCCCCACAAGAGGAAACAGUGAGAACUUUUUAGGCUCGUCUUUCUCCAGAUACAGAGCAGAGAAGAAGAACACCACCAAACUGAAGGAGAACGAAGCCACGAAAAAGCAGAUCUCCUCCAGCAAUGACAUGAAGGGAAAGAAAGAGCAGCUCAGCCAGCCGAGGAUUGUGGGAAAUAGCAGAGGGUUAGGAGAGCGGAGACUCUCCGCUGGUUCUCGUAAGACAAGUUUAGGUUCUGAGGAUGGGAAGAUGGAGGAGAAGGGGAAAAACCAGGAGGCUCCAGACGGGAAGGAGGGCAAGUACCACCGCAUCGAGACGCUGGUGUCCCCCCACACUGAAGGGGCGCCCAUCCAAACUCUGGGGUACUCUAACCGACCACUUGCUGGGGAACCCAUCAAGACGGUAGAGAGCAUCCGCGUGAUUGGCCAAGGCUCCCGGCGGGGGGGAGGAGCUAACAACCGCCCAGGGGUCUCGGUGUGGUAUGAAGAGGAGGAGUACAGAGAAGCUCAGCCUGCUCCUCCUCUCAACAUCAGACAGGGAGGCACUGACGACAUGACCUCCAUGCCUCCUCUUCCUCCUCCACCACACCUCCUCAUGCCUCAUCUUCACCCACCCCCGCCUCUCCCUCUCCCCCAUCCUCUUCCUCCGUUCCCGAUGCCCUACCACAUAGACAACAUGCCGACUCCGCUCCCAUCACACCUCCAGCAGCACCUUCCUCCGACCUCCCCUUUCUUUGGCGCUCCUCCACCCAUCCCUCGCCCUCCUCCACCCCCCGCACCUCCGUGCCUGUCACCGCCACCUUUCCCCCCCGCAGUCAUGAUGGGGGGGAUGUUGCUUCACGCCGAUCGCCCUUCAUCUCUCCCUCCCCGAGUCAGAUCAGAGAGUGGAGAUCGAGGUCACAUGGGGCCGAAACGGAGAAAAGUGACCCCCCCGCCCAACCCCGUCCCCCUCCUCAACCUGCCCUCUCCUCAUCCCCCGAUCCUGUCCGGUCCCACGCCGCAGAGGCCGCCGCUGCGAGCCCGAAGCCCUUUUCAAGGUCCCUCCAGGGGCGGGUUCCGCGGCGGGAAACGUGCUGGCCCGUCGUUCUCUGGAGGUUCCUUCCACGGGCAGAAGAGGCCUUUUGUGCCCCCACGCUACUGAAGUGUCGCCUAUGACAGCCCAUUGAGAAGUCUAAGCCACACAACUAAGAGUGCAGUGUGUGUUAGCCCUGCGGGUAUGAGCCCACAUAUCUUUACUCUGUUCUAUUAAAAUGACGCUAGGCUGUGUGUAAAUAACUGGCUUCAGUUUGGUUAGCUGUCACGCUACACCUCACAGGUGAUCACUUACAUAAUGUAGUGCUCAAAGAGAAAAAGCUUCCGUUUUCCACAAACAAUAGACGAGAUAAAUAAAUGUGUGACAUUAAAAUAUGAAUAAAACACAAUUAGUUCAAGCAGACAUUUCACUUUCAAGCAUUUCAACUUGUUCUUCCUGUUUGGUUACUUUGCCUACAGAGUGAAGCAGAGAAUUCUGAGGAAUCAGGUGGUUUGACAUUUUGGGAAUCAUGUCUUUUGGCUUACAACUGCAAAACUAUAAGCCAGGGUGGAGACAAAUUAGGCAUUAAAAUUGAAUUUGACCAAAAGUUUUUUUUUUUUUUUUUUUUUUAGCUUUGCUAUUGCUAAUUUGUUUCUAAAUUAUAUUUAAAGGAUAAAUAUCACCUGGGAAAGGCAUUGCUUUUCCCAAAAUGUCAAACUAGUUUUAGAAAUUGUGUGACUGCAGUGUUUAAAAAAAAAAAAAAUACUUUCCAAAGUAAUUUCCUCUUCCAUAAGUGUGCUGUGCAUCAAAAAUAGUAUUUUUUUUAAAUAUUCUUCUAUUUAGCUUCACUUGUUCUUAUUUCUGAAAUACAGGCUUGUAAAUAUUCUUCUUCUCUUGCUCAAUCUUUCUUUCUAUUCCUCCCACUGUACAUUUCUGAGCUUGUAAAUAUAAAAAGUGUUUGAUAUAAUACCACUUUUUCUCUUCAAGCCUUUUUUUCCUGGUAUGUAAAAGGAGCUUUACUCACGCACCCCGUCACUGUGAUCGAGGCCUUGGAUGAGCUUCUUUUUAUUUAUUUAUUUUUUUUUUUUUGGCAACCUUCCCUUUGAAUCCACUCAGAUCAUUAUAAUGUAAUCUCAUUUUUAUUAUAAAUGCUUUAAGCACUAGAAAUGAGUCACUUGAGAUGCUCAGUAAGUAGGUGGGGUUCUCAUGUACCGACGAAUAAAAUCCACAGUUUUAAUUAAACUGGGUCAGGGUGGGGUUACUUUAUUUGGUUAAUCCCUCAAGUUAUCAUCUUUAAGCAAAUUCAUACUCAUUUGAGACACUCCAGGUGUUUUGGACCUUCUCUCUGCAUUCUUUAAUCUGAAAUUCCAUCUUUAGAAACAUUUCUGCACCUUUCCAGUCUUCAUGGGAUUUUACAAAAAUAGAAGUCCACUUUAAGGCAGUAAUUCUCCCUGUUUCGCAGGAAGUGGUGCCCUCUUUCUAACAUGUUCAUCGUUUCCUCUCCCAUGAUUCUUUAGUUCCAAUGCCAGCUAAACACAAAUGCUAGUUUCUGUUGUUUCUUGAAUGUGAAAAGCUUACAUUGUAAAAAUGUAAAAUGCUACUACAUUGUUGGAUGAUGUUUACUGUUACCAUUUAUUAUUAAACCUUUAACAACAUGCUGGAGCUACUACAAACUAGUUGUUACAUAUGAGGACUUAACAUUUCUUAGGGUUUUUUUCUGUAGGAUACGUUGGUGGAAAUGACUGAAGAAGCUGUGUGUAUUUGAUACUUUACCUGCUGUUCUCAUCAAUGAUGUUGUAUCACUGAU